UGUUGGCACACAAAAAAAGUAGCUGAAAAAAAAAGGCAUGCGGUCGCAGAAAUCUCCGACCGAACAAAAGAGUUCCUCGGACACAGUGAAGCACUUCUAGGGUUUUGGAUGCAGGUACUUCCGGCCAGUUUCCUUCAGACGCACCAACACCACCAUCGCUAGGUUUCGGAGAAGAGAAGGAACAUACAAAGAAGGAGAAGUAGACGACGAUGACGUUGAUUAAUAGGUCGCCGUUCGUCUCUCUCUUGUUCAAAGCCUUCACCUUCAUCCCUCGCCGUCGUCCGGCCGAUGCUGCCGUUUUUCUCUCAACCCAUUCUUUUUCCGCCGCCUCCGGGGCUCCACAGAGCAGCUUCAUGGCUGAAUACCUGGUCAGCUCCUGUGGCUUCGAUCCGGAUGAGGCGGCCAAGGCCUCGAAGCUCCUUGGCCGCAUCGAAUCGCGCCAUCAGCCUGACUCCGUCCUUGGCUUCUUCAAAAGCCACAGUUUUGAUAAUGCUCAGAUGAAAAGGGUCCUAUCUGUCAACCCCCGGUGGCUUCUCCUCGACGUGGAGAAGACUCUGGCCCCAAAGUUCCGAGCUUUGCAGGAUCUGGGCUUCUCCUGCUCCGACAUUACCCACCUCGUCAGCUCGAAUAACGGCGUCAUCAGCCACAAAUCCGAGACCAUCUUGUCCAAGAUCCAAUUAUGGCAAGGCCUCCUCGGGUCCAAAGACUUACUGAUGAAGAUAUGCAAGAAAAACAGGUGGUUUCUCGGGUGUAGCAUCGAGAAGACGAUCCAGCCUAACAUUGAAAUUCUAAGGGAUUGCGGGAUCACGGAUCAGAAGCUCUCAAUGAUCCUACGGCACCGCCCCCUCCUCAUAACCCGGAAUGCUGAAACCCUGAAGGCGUUAAUCAGUCGUGUCGAGGGUUUGGGAGUAGCUCGCACCUCAGGGAUGUUCCUCCAGACCCUGAGUGUGCUCCACUGUGUCUCCGAGAAGAACUUCAAGGCUCACUUGGAGUUCUUCAAGGGUUUCGGGUGGUCCGAGGAUGAUUUCCUUGCUGCAUUCAGAAAGGCUCCUUCUAUUGUGGCAUAUUCUUUAAAGAGUUUGCAGAGAAAGAUGGAGUUCUUGGUCAAUGAAACCGGAUGCGCUCCGUAUUAUCUUGCACACCGGCCAGUGAUUUUGACGAUGAGUUUGGAGAAAAGAUUGAUUCCCAGGUAUCGGAUAUUGAUGGGCCUGAAGUCAAGGGGAGUUCACAUCGGUAACCUCCAAAUGGACACAUACAUGUCAUAUACAGAGAAGAAAUUUCUGGAGAAGUUCGUCUUCCGCUACAAGGAGUUUCCAGAACUCAUUGAAUUGUAUAAUGUAGCCCCAAAAACAGAAAUGCUCUUUGAUACUGCAGGUGCAUAAUGCAUGGUGCAUGGUAUUGUACCAGCAAGUUGUGUUACCAGAUUCCAAUUUUCCACUGUCUGCAUAACUGUUUGCAUCCAUGUAGUGUGAUAUCUGCCAUUAAACUUUUAUCUGCAGUUUGCAACCAAAUAAUUCCUGCCAUUUACUUUUUUUCUUUAUGAAUGUAAGAUGAACUUGGAUGCACACAUGAAGCAAGAAAAUGAAGAUUGAUGAGAAGAUUUG